AUGGCACCCAAGAAACGAAGAAUUGAUACCAACGACACCUUCGCCACAACAGGGGUGACCCGGAGGUCCACUCGCCUAGCCAACACCACCAAACGACCACCAUCACCUGCUUUUGAGCCUGACCUACCCAAGAAAAAGAAGGCCAAAACCAUCACCGAACAAACAAUCGAAGCACCACCAGAAGAAUCCGAACCUCGGGCCGCUGCAGUGGUAGCGGAGGAAGGAUGGAAGACUAUCAUCAUUGAACACUGCAAGCAGUGCAACUCGUUCAAGACUCGGGCUAUUCAGGUGAAAAUGGGUUGGAAAAAGGGGUGGUGGGAGUCAACGUGGUGGUCAACCCUGAGAAGCCCAGGAGGGGUUGCUUUGAAAUUCGUGCAGAUAGUGGGGGUAUUUUCGUCAGUUUGUUGGAUAUGA